UUAUAAGAUUAUACGUAUAUGUCUAUAUAGUAAGUAUCUUGUUUAUAGUUGUUUGAAGCUCGGCAUCGACGUCGUCAUCGGGUUACUGGUUAUACAGUGCUCGUAUCGCGUUACUUUUUCGUUACAUGUUUACGUGCUAUGGCGCAAUCAGCUUUCUCAGGCGAAAUCAGUAACCAAAGAAAAUGUGAUUGUGUCGCGAGUAUCUCGUGAACAAAGUCAUUACCUUAUCAAGUACACCUGCACGCACGGGAGUAGAGCGUGUGUACAAAGACGAGGGUACGAGACGGUACACACGCACCUAAGCUUUCACGUUCGAUAUGCAGGACAGCAUCCAGGUAGCGAUUAAGGUCCGUCCGCUCAUCAAGCGGGAGAUAGACGAUAAUCUCAAGAGCCAGUGGACCGUCGUCGACAAAGUCAUCGCGCCCGUGGACCCGGAGAUCAAGCGCGGGGACUGCAGCUUUCAGUUUGAUCACAUAUUCGACCCCAAGAAGACAAACGUCGAUGUUUUUGAAACAGUCGUCAGGCCAAUCGUCGACGCCGCGGUCAAGGGCUUCAAUGGCACCGUUUUCGCGUAUGGACAGACUAGUUCUGGAAAAACGCACACAAUGUUGGGCACCCUCGACGAGCCCGGGGUGACUCCUCUGGCUAUCGAUCGGAUGUUCGACGCCAUCACCGAGACAUGUGGCCGGGAGUUUCUCCUUCGAGUCUCCUAUCUGGAGAUCUACAACGAAAAGGUCAACGAUCUGCUUGAUACCAGUGGCAUGGAUCUCAAGCUUAGAGAGGACAACAACGGCCUGGUCCAGGUGCUCAAGUCCAAAGAGGAAAUUGCCAGUAGUCCAGAUCUCAUAAUGUCCAUCAUGAAAAAGGGCGACAAAAAUCGCAGGAUUGGCGAGACAAACAUGAACGAGAGGAGCAGUAGGAGUCAUACGAUAUUCAGGAUAACUAUCGAGAGUAGGGAUCAGAGUAGUGACUCUGAUGGAGCUAUUCAGGUUUCUCAGUUGAAUUUGGUAGAUCUCGCAGGUUCCGAGCGGGCAAGUCAGACAAAUGCAACUGGUGAAAGAUUCAAAGAGGGUACUCACAUUAACAUGUCGCUAUCGACUCUUGGACUUGUGAUAAAACAACUCAGUGAAUCUUCGGACAAUACCAAGUAUGUGAAUUUUAGAGACAGCAAGUUGACAAGGCUACUGCAGGCUUCUUUGGGGGGUAACGCGAUGACGGCUAUUAUUUGUGCAGUAACUCCAGCCGCGUUCGAGGAAACUUUGUGCACAUUGGGCUUUGCAUCGAGAGCAAAAAGUGUGAAGAAUAAGCCGCAGUUGAAUGAAGUUAUGUCGGAUGCUGCUUUGCUGAAGCGCUACAAAAGACAGAUCGCAAAAUUGAACGAAGAACUCGAAAGAUUGAAACACGAGAAAGGAUUUCCAGAUGUCCAGGAAAUAGAGACCAAGUUGCAAGAGAAGGAACACAUAUUGAAAGAAAAAGACAGGAUAAACCUAAUGUUAGAAGAGAGGAUAGAGUUGUUGAAAAAUUCUAUUGUAUCCACUAGUAGUGUUACAAGGGAUGACAAUCGUUCUAAAAUUCCCAAGUCCCUAAGAAGAAGAACUUGGGCUGGUAAUGUAGGACCAAAUUUUAGGCUUAGUUUAGGUUUUCGAAACUUGCCCACCAUUGUAGAAACAUCAUGCACUAGUGAAAAUACAUCAAAUAGCAAUGACAACAUUUGUAAAAACGUUAACAGAAGGAAAAGUUACAUUCAGACAGUUGAUUUGAAUGAAGAAUCUUUUGAGACCGAGUUCACAGAUUUUGAAUUGGAAUUAAUUAAAGUGGCAAAGGAACGUGAAAUAUUAUCUGAUACUACGUAUUAUCAAGAGGAAAAAAUUUCUGGUGAAGUAGCACCUAAGACUGAGAAAAAUCGCGUCAAAUUUGAAGAUGACGUAGUAAUUAAUUAUUUUAACAAUGGAAGCAGUUAUUGCGAUGCAUCGACACCUGAAAAACGGAAAUAUAAUUCAAAUAAUGAUCAAAAUCAGGAUUCAUCUCCUGGUACACCAAAAGCUAUAUUAAGAGAAAGAAUAAAUUAUUUGACAGAAGAAUUCAAAGAACUUAGACAAUUUACCACUCUGGAAAAGCAAGUAUUACGAGCUGAAAAAUUAAAUUUUGAUUUACCCGAUGAUGAAAUACUGGAUCAGCAAAGUAAAAUAGACGAUUUGACUCAGGCAUUAGAAAUGUCGAAUAAGUAUCAGGCACAAAUUGAAGAAAAACUGACUGUUUCAAUAAAUUGCAUCAACGAAUUGUGUUUGAAAGUACCAGAUGUGUAUGAUUUAUGGAAACCUUUGAUCAGUGAAGGGAAGAAAGCAGAUCCUAAUAAUACAGUUGGCGACCUCAACCAACUUUUGGAGAUUCUUAAAAAUUCAAACAAUCAGCAAAAUGGUACAACAGCUUCAAAUGCAUUACACGAACAGUUGACGAAUGAUUAUAAUGAGUGUGUUAAAAAAUUAGAAAGUGUUGAGUCGCACAAAAAGUCUUUGAUUAAAGAGAAUUCAGAGUUGAAGAGUAAACUUGCUGGUGAAUCAACUAAAUUGCAAAGUAUGAGUGAUCUGGUUAAGAGUUUGAAAAAUGAUACCGACUGCCUCAUGGAAAAGUUAAUCCAAAAAAAUGAUGAAUUAAUCAAAAUCAAAGAUAGAGUUGUUGAGCUGGAAAGGAUUCAUAGUGAAUUUGAGAAAUCUACCCUUACAAGUAUCAGCGAAGAUUUUCUGGAAAAAGAAACUGAGUCAAAUGUACCUACGAAGCUAGAUCAAGUUCUUUCAAACGAAGUUGCAAAAAUGGAUGAAAAUGACCAAUGGAUCGAAGUAUCGAAAUAUAAAAAUCUUGAAGAAGAAAUGAAACUAGAAAAUGAACGUUUGCAACAAGUUAUUGAUGAAUUUACUAAUCGUGGAAAAAAAUCGGUUGACAGUCAAACAGAGUCAGUUUCAAAUGACAUUUCUAACGAUACUCAGAUUCUCAAGCUAUCCGAGUUGAUUGAAGAAAAGACCUCGAGCAUUGCCAACUAUCAGCAAAUAGAAAUAGAAAUGAAAGAAAAAAUUGUUCAAUUACAAAGCUGCUUGGAAAAACUUGAUAAAAAAGACAAUUUAUCUGAACAGAGUUCUUCGGAAAAUGCCGUAUCGUGCGAUAAAGAUAGUAAUUUAAUCUUGAAGCAACAGCAAGAAGAAUUAAGUAAAACUAUUGAAGAAAUUGAAACUUUGCCAUUACUAGUAGAUAACAGAGAAACCAUAAUCGGUAGUGAAGAGCCCAAAUUUGACAAAGAUAAGCUGAUUUUUGAUGUAACGGAAAGUAAUUUGAAAGUUGUCACACUAGAAGCUAUUAUUGAAGAAAAAAACAAAGAGAUUGAAAAAUUGAAACAAUUGGAAGAAUAUAGAAUCAAAGAAAUCGAAAGCUUGAAACUUCAGCUAAACGAUUCACACGAUUCUAAACAAACGGAGGACAGUCAAGUAGCUGAUAUUCCUGAUAGUUGCAACAACAAAACCUCUGAACUAUUAGAAGUAAUUGAAUUGAAAUCUUCUGAGAUUAAAAAAUAUCAAGAAUCUGAAGAAGAAUUAAAAAAAGAAAUUUCUCGUCUAAAAGACAGUUUGGAAGACAUGGAAAAAAUUAUUAAGGAACAUGAAAAAAGUAUUGCCAAAAAAUCUAGUGAAAAAGUCAGUCAGGAAGAAGUAAAUCAAGAAAAAGAUGAUGAAAUUCUUAAAUUGAAAGAAGAUCUCCAGGAAAAAAUCCUUGACAUCGAAAAAUACAAGCAAACGGAAAAAGAGUUGAAUAGUAAAAUCUCAAGAUUGCAAGAAAGCUUCGAUGAUCUAGAAAAAAAUGAAAAAGUGUCUGAAAAAAGCCUUAUUGAAUCUCAGGGUAGCGAUGAAACACACCGUGUCAAUAUGAUACAAGAAAAAGAUGUACAAAUCUCCAAUCUAUCAGAAAUCAUUCGAGAAAAAUCUCUUGAAAUCGAACAGCUUCUUCAGAGCGAACAAGAAAAGAGCAAAGAGAUCGAAGAUUUGAAACAACGUUUAGAGAGUGACCAAGUAUUAAGCAAUCAUGUGAUAAGUGACGGUAUGGAAGUUAUGGAAGUUGGUAACAUCGAAAUGGGCACAGGUGACUGUAAAGUUACUGAAAUCAAUAGACUGCAUUCAAUUAUCGCCAAAAAAUCUCUUGAAAUUACAAACUACCAAGAUUCGGAGCAAAAAAUGAAAAAGGAAAUUGAACGGUUAAGACAACGUUUGGAUGAUGCGAGCAGAGAAUACCAGACAUCUCAAUUGACUCAAAAGGAAAAAGCAACAGCCGGUGAUGAGAAAGAAACCGAUGAGUCGAAAAUGCGAAAUCAGAUAAAGACUUAUCUAGAGGAAAUCGAGACCUUGAGACAAGACGUGGAUGCCACUAAAAUCGAAAGCGAAAAAUUUGAGGCAAGUGCUACAUCGCUUCGCGACGAGGUAACGGCUAAUAUUAAAGAAAUUGAUGAAUUGAAAUCUUUAAACUCAGACUUAAAAAAGAUUAUUGAUGAAAAGACAACAGAAAUUACUAGCUUGAAUCGGGAUUUUGAGAACAAAUUCGAAGAUCUGGAAAAAAAACACGAUGUAAUUUUGUUGGAAAGAGAUGAAUUAAAAGAAAAACUUGAUUCUGUUAUUUCUACUGAAUUGAACGAAGGUUUAGAAAAUGAGAUCAUCAAUCUUCAAACCGUUAUAGAGAACCUAAGAGCUGACAAUCAUCAUUUGCGAAAGCGUGUUGAAGCCUUGGAUACGGAAUUUAAUAAAUCAACGUCAAUGAAAUCGUGUAUGGAUACUAUGUGUGAUUCCGCAAUAGCUUUAGAGUCAGAAAUCAAAGAGCCUAUUAACGAGACUGUAAAACAAGAGGUUGAUACUAAAUCCAUGGAAGUAAGUAGUUUUAUAAAACCAGAAAAUACAAGGAUAGAAAUAAAAGAGUCAAAGCCUACUCCUGUAAUACCAAGUACACCCGUUACCGGUAGCGAUGAUAAAAAGCCAUUGAGCCAAUUGGAGUUGGAAACUAGUAGUAUUUUUGCCAACAAUACUUACUUUGAUAACCUGGAAGAUGGCCAAUCCAUUGUGCAUGACAGUGCCUCUAUGGUGGCAGGAUUUGAUGUUAGCAAUAUGACAGAGAGUAUUGACGCGUUGAAAAUUAAAAAGGAAAUGGUACAAAUACCCGAUGAUAGUUUAAGAGAAUUGACCCAAGACGUUACAAAUACAGAGAAAUCUGUCAUUAUUCCGACUGGAAUUAUUCGAUCCUCUUCAUUAGACCAAACUGUUAUUGAAUCUUACACUGUUGACGAACUCAAAGAUUUUGUUACCUAUUUGAAGCAAACUCUCGUUAAAUUCGAAGCGACCGUUGAUACACUGUGGAAAGAUAAUGAGAACAUGUCUACACUGUUGACGAAAGAAAAAAAAAGUAAUAUCAUGGUAAUAAACGACUUACAAAAAAAAAUUGACGCACUAAACGAACAGCUUGAAAAACUUACCCAAGAAAAAGUUUCCCUUCAACGUGACUUGGAAAUUACAACUGAGCAAUUCGAGGCCAUGCGAUCCAAAACGCCCAUUUUACACGACGACGAAAUUAAGCAGGAAAUUUUGCGAUACCAAGAUAAAGUGAAAAGUUUAAAUGAAGAAAACGUUAAUUUGAUGGAAAAAAUCGGGGAGCUUGAAAAAGUGAAGGAGAGCAAACUUCAUGAGUACGAUCAUCACUGUGUUUACAGAGAAAAAGCAGAUUCGCUGUUGGAAGAAUACAAAUGCCUCGAAAAUGAAAACAUCGAGUUGUCGAAUGGAUUGACCAAUCAGAUAGAGGAAUGCGACAGGCUGACAAUGGCUGUAGAUGUAUUGAAAAAGCAGCUGGAAGCUUACACGAAUCAAUCGACCCACGAAAGCUCUGACAAGAUCGAGCUGGAUAUUCUCAAAGCAGACAAUGAGCAGCUAACGAAUGAAGUGAUAGAGAUGAGAACGAAAAUAAAUCAGUUGAGCAACGAAAAUGCUUAUUUGUCGUCGAAUUUAGUCUUAGACGAUAGCGACGAACACAAUGCAAGCACUGUGAGCUUGCAAAACAAAUCAUCCCGUAAUUUCAUGGGUCUUGAAAUGUCAAUAUCCGAUGAUCCUGCAAACGAGCUUACAAACGCUUCAUCAAGAAGUAGCAGAGUUAAAUUUUUAGAAAGCAAAGUAGAAGAAUUGACUUGCAAGAACAAGAAGCUCAGUGAGUUGAAACUCAUGAUUUGCAGUAGUUGUUCUGAGUUGAAAGAAUUGAAUGAAAAUAGAAGACAUCUGAAAGUCCAAUUAAAAUCGGUACAGCACGAUUUAUUGAAUCUUCAAAAAGAUUUCAAGAAGAAAUGUGUUGAGACCGAAGCCUUGAAAGUCAAAGCAAGAGAAGAUUUUAAUUCGAGCUUGAAUUCUACAUUGAUGGACGAUACUCUGAACACCAGUAGUUUAGAUGGCUCGAGUGUAGCACUCAUCGAAGAAAAAAUUCUCGAAUUGCGCAAUGCGUACGAAGAGUUGAAAGAAAAUCACAGCAAAUUGGCCAAUCAGUACAAAGAAUCCAACGUGCUGGAUAAGUCGCAAAUCGAAAAAAGCUCUCCAGUGGUUCCUGAUCGAAAGUCUCGCAAAAAUGUUUCAAAGAUACAGGCGCUCCAAAAAAAUAUUGAAAUCCUUGAAAACGAAAUACAAGAUAUGAAAAAAUCAAAUUCUAAGGUUUAUGCUUCUAUAAACCAAUUUUUGACAGAAAAAGGUGGCCAGAUUGAGGUUUUGCAAGUGGAAAACGGAAAACUAAAGAAGGAACACAGUGAUGCUCAGGCAAGUGUUUUAACCUUUGCUGAGAAGGCCAAGCUGCUCGAAGAAGAGUUGACUGGUCUGUAUAAACGAAUAGAUAGUGCUACUGCGGCUGAGAAAGAGAUUCACGCCGAAAAACUGGAGAUUGAAGUUCGAUUGGAAAGCUUAAUAAAUGAGAAGUCUGAACUUAUCAAGUCUCAUCAGGAUGCCCAAGAAAAGCUUAUGAGAGAACUCGAAGACUGCAAGUCUCUCUUGUGUACCCAUGAGAAGGAAAUCGAAGAGUUAAAGAGCGAUUUGGCAAGGUCCGAAGCCCUUGUGAACCAGUCGAAAGGACAAAAUAGUGCCGUAGACGUUGUACAAGAAGAGAUCAGUCAGGCUAAGUCGAGAAUCAUCAAAGAAAUCGUAAGUUUGGAUAGUCUCUCCGAAGAUGAAUCCAAAGCGUUAUCAAAGAAGACGCUUAUUCAGACUUUCCAGAGGUUCUAUAACGCCGUCUUAUCGAAACAAACCGAAAUCGUCAAGAGAUUCCAAGAUGAAUACGAAAAAUCCAAACGGAAAUUAACGGAGGAGAAGCAGCAGUGCAUCGAUGCCGAAAAACGAGCUAUCGCUUUGGUCCAAACUAUGGAAAGUGAUCUCGAGAAGUUUCAAACGGACGUUACCGAGCAAGAAAAGAAGAAUCGUAAGCUCGAAGAAGAAAAGCUCAACUUGGAGCACCGUUUUAAGGAGGCUCAGCACGAAAAUGAGCGAUUGCACAGUGCUAUACGUAUCUUGGAAUCCGACCUGAGUCAGUUGCAACUCGAGCUGGAGAAAAAGUCACGAUCGAACGAGGAUCGCGACAGUGCUAUCAGUGCAGCUCAGGAAAGAGAGAAACUGGCUAAAGCCAAAGAAGAGGAGAGCGAAAAUCGGCUGAUGCAAGAGAAGGAAGAACGCCGGCGUGAGGUCAGCAAACUCAACGACGAGCUUGAUUCGUACAAAUCGCUGAUCGAUGACCUCAAAAAUUCCGUCGAGGGCUUGGAACUUGAAAUCGAGCAUCUCAAGAACACCAACAACAUCAAGACGAACGAUCUGGUCGUGGUUGAGAACAGAAUCGCAGAGUUCGAGCAGGUGAUUGCGCAAGCGGAAGAAGUGAUUCAGCAAUUGAAGAAUGAAAGCUUGGAGAAGGAUAGAUGCAAAGACGAGCUUCAGAAUCUCUUGAAAAUUAAAUGCGAUCUGCUGACCGAGUACAAGACGAAGGUGGAGACCAUGAAGCCGGAAUUCGAGAGCUUGCAAGCUCAGUUAGCCGAUCGGAAGUUGUACGUCGAAAAGUGCAAGGAAGACAUACACAAUAUGAAGCUGGAACAUAAUAAGCAAUUGGACGUAUGGCAGGACAAAAUCUCGAACGAGGAGAUAAAAUCGGCGGGGUUGGGAAAACAGAUUGCCGAGUUGAAGAAUAAAAAUACCCAGCUGUGCUCUACCAUCGAGGACUUGAAGGAUCGCUGUACCGAAAUUGAGAGAGAAAACGCAAGUCUCCAGCGAAAGGUGAGAAACAGUACGAGCAAGGUGCGAGUUGAAAACGAGAUGCAGGAGUUGCAGGAUGAAAAUAGGUUACUAAAGAACCACCUGGAAGGCUCGUACAAUCGCAUAAAGGAGCUUCAAGAGACCAAGUCACAAGUGCAGCGGGAGAUGGCCGAAGCGCAGGGAAAGAAAGAAUUACUGGAGCAGGAGCUUAAUACGACCAAGAUUGCUUUGGAAUCUUUGAGAGAGAAAUACAACAACAUUAAUCUGCAGAAAAUGCGCGAAAGGUACGAAACGCUUCUUCAAGAGAAAAACAAUGUUGUGCGCGAAGUUGAAGAAAAAAGGAUGCUGCUGGCCAGUAAAGAUCAGAAACUCGUUGAGUACAGCAUAGAAUUGGAUACUCUGAAGAAGCAGAAGGAAAUGCUCAAUAGCGAGAUAUUGAAUUCAAGGGUAGAGAAGUCUUCGCUGGAAAACAAAAUUACAAAUGUUAAUGAUGAAAUUGAAAAGUUGAAAGUGCAAUUGAAUACCAGCAUUGCUGAAAAAGACGAGGUGUAUCGGCUUUUCGAGGAAGAAAAAUGUAAAUCAUCUCUUGAACUUCAGAGCAAUCGAAUAAAAAUUGACGAGCUUGUUAAAAAGAACAAAGAACUCGACGAAGAGAUGGACGACAUGGUGUCCCAUGUACACAAGCUGGAAAACGAGAACGUCGAGCUCUUCAACAAGAUGAUCGAGGGUUCGUGCAUUGAGAAUCUAGAGAAGAUAAAGAAUCUCGAGAACGAAAGAGAAAGGCUCCAGACUGGCUUGCAGGCGACUGAAGGAAAACUCACAAAAUUGGAGAACGAGAUUAUCCGGCUGAACUCGGAGAAAGAGCAGCUUCUAAGCAAAAUUGAAGACAUGAACGGCAAGUAUGCUGAGCUCGAGUCCAAGUUCUUCGAGAAAAUGUCGAGUCGCGGUGGUUCUAGGAGCAACAGUCCGUCAUCGCGAAAGAAACAAGGUCGCCAGAAGCGCAGUGACUUGUUCAAUUUGAGUCGGACGUUGAACGAAGGAAACGAUAACCAGGACGUUACCGAAAACGAAUCGCCAACGUCUACGCCGACUCCACCUCCCAUCUUACUGGAGUGCCAUAUGUGUAAUGAGUUGAAGAAUCGUAUUCGCGAAAUGUCCCUCGACAUAGUCUCGAAAAGCAACAAAAUCACAAUGCUCGAAGUUCAGCUUCAGUCUGAAAACCUUCCGUAUCAGAUCAAAUACAAUGAGCUGCAACAGCAUGUGCUGGCGCUCAAGACAAGAAAUUCGGAGCUAAAGUUGGAAGCACAAAAAUUACAACGAGCUCUAAUGGAGGAUAGCUUCCGCGAAUGCCGAAUUUGUAGACAGAGAAAGUUGAAUAAGAGAGAUCAAGCUGUUCAAGCUAACGUACCUGAUAAACUUUACCUGAGCGGCAUGAGCAGUGGCGCUGUUGAAGAUUAUUGCAAAAUAGUGAAAUUGGAAAAAGAAAGGAACAUCAUGAAAGAUCUGUGUAGAAAUCGCGCGAAAAAAAUUAAGGAGCUGGAAUUUAGGAUAAGAGAUUUUGAAGGUUUGAACGCAAUCAAAGAGUAACUUAUUUUUAUUAACUGAUAAAACUAUAAUUUAACUACAGACUUUACAUAUUGUACAGAAUAGAUAUUAACGUAUAUAGUAAAUCAAUGAGUUUAUCAAAGUAUUCAUUCCAUCUAUACAAAAGAAGAAUGUAUCACUUGUAGCUUGAAGUAUUAUAUACUAAACGUAAAUAUAUUUAUAGAAAUCUGCGAAUUACUGCUUGUCAAAUCUGUCGUAAAUUUUACUAUCUCUACUCUUGUAUCUCAAAAUAGUUAUUCGUAUGUUGGAAAAUGUUUUCAGGUUUAAAAAACGUCAUCAUUAUUUACUACCCUGUAAGUUUGAUUUUCCCAUGAAGUUACAAAAAAAGAGCAUUUUUUACGUUUAUACGAUUUUUGUAAAAGUCGUACCAUAUUUAGAAUGCUAUACUUGUAUAUUUGUUAUUAAUCGUAAGAAAAAAUUCAUCAAAAUAAGUAAUGUGUAAAGUUCAAAAGAAAAAUUUGGAUGAUGCAUAUACUCAGUCAAGUGCCAAUAAUUACUUUAAGUGCCUUGAAGAUCCGAAAUUGCCUUGUAAAUUGUAUUAUAGUAUGUAUAUUUAUAUGAAAAAGAUAUUUUGUGCGU